CAAAGAGUGAAAGAAGGUGGGAUUAAUAAAUGAGAUGGAUCUGCGUCUGGCAAGAUGGAAAUUGUCCGUCAGUGUGGUGCUGCUGCUCACACUCUACCACAGCCCUGCUGAUGCUGUCAGCUUGAAGGAAAAUCUGGCUGAUUGUUUGAAUGACACAGACUAUGAUGAACUGCUGCAGACUGUGAAGUAUGGCCUCCCGCACAUAAAUACAUCUCAUCAUGUUGUUAUUGUGGGAGCUGGGAUGGCUGGACUGACGGCUGCCAAGCUGCUGCAAGACGCAGGACACAAGGUAACCAUAAUAGAGUCUAGUGGUCGUGUUGGAGGAUGGGUGGAGACCUACAGGAAUGAAGAAGAGGGCUGGUAUGCUGAACUGGGAGCCAUGAGGAUCCCAAGUACUCACCAAAUCACCCUUUGGUUUGCUAUAGAGAUGAAUAUCAAGCUGAAUGAAUUCAUCAUGUAUGACCCCAACACCUUUUACUUGGUUAAUGGGUUGUUGAAGAAGACGUACAUAGUGCAAAAUGACCCUGACGUUCUGAAGUACAACGUGACGCCAAGUGAGAAAGGGAAGUCAGCCGACGAACUGCUACAACAAGCUUUGCAGAAGGUAAAAGAUUACGUGCAGACUAAUGGCUGCGAGGCUGCGCUGAAAAAAUAUGACCACUACUCUGUGAAGGAGUAUCUGAAAGAAGAAGGAGAUCUAAGUUCAGAGGCAAUAAGGAUGAUUGGAGACCUUCUUAAUGAAGAGAGCCUCAUGUACACAGCGCUGACUGAGAUGAUCUAUGACCAGACUGACAUCAACGACAACACUACGUAUUAUGAAGUGACUGGUGGAUCAGACCUUCUCCCGAAAGCUUUUCUUAAUGUCCUGGAUGUUCCUAUUCUCCUCAACUCCAAGGUCAAACGCAUCAGCCAGUCAAAUAAAGGUGUAGUAGUAUCGUACCAGACAGGACAACAGUCCUCUUUGACAGAUCUUUCCGCUGACGUUGUCCUGGUAACAACCACAGCCAAAGCAGCCCUCUUCAUUGACUUUGAUCCACCUCUCCCCAUCAGAAAGAUGGAGGCACUGAGGGCAGUCCACUAUGACAGCUCCACUAAAAUCAUCCUCACCUUCAGCGAGAAGUUCUGGGAGAAGGACGGCAUCCGAGGAGGAAAGAGCAUCACCGACGGGCCAUCCCGUUUCAUCUACUACCCCAGCCACAGUUUCCCAACCAAUGAGAAGAUUGGCGUCCUCCUGGCCUCCUACACCUGGUCUGACGAAUCCCUCCUCUUCUUAGGUGCGAGCGAUGAAGACCUGAAAGAGCUGGCUCUGAGAGAUUUGGCAAAGAUCCACGGUGAGAGGGUCAAGUCUCUCUGCACAGGGGUGGUGGUGAAGAGGUGGAGCGCGGAUCCUCACAGCUUGGGUGCCUUUGCUCUCUUCACACCCUACCAACAUUUAGAGUACUCUAAAGAGCUCUUCAAAAGUGAAGGCAGGGUGCAUUUUGCAGGUGAACACACAGCCUUUCCUCAUGCUUGGAUAGAGACAUCUAUGAAAUCUGCGAUCAGGGUUGCUUCCAACAUUAACAAAGGGUCAGCUAGAACUCGACACCAUGACGAGCUCUAGGGUCUACUUUCUUGGGCAAUCAGUAAUAUUGUAGUAAUGAAAUGUCUGUGUCAAAUGUUAGUGUAGUCCAGGAUGUAUAGAGGUAAAAUCAAACAAAAGUGUAGCACUUUUGAUGGGUGAUACAUUGAUAUUUCUAGGCAAAAGUAUUAUCAGAUAUUUACCAUUUGCCAUAACUGCCUUGAUUAUCAAAAGUAUAUGCACCACUAAUGUUUCUUAAACCUUGAUGUCUAUGUUGUGGUAAUUUCUGUCUGUGUGAUUGAACGCUUUACGCUUUACACAAGUAAAGGAGGACAAGGGAAAAGAAAAAAGGCCAACACAAACACGGACUGAAAAUAAAUAAACUGGGCGCUAAAUGGAAGGGGGGCAUAAUUUAAUGUAGGCUACUGCUGUACAAUCACAUUGCACAUUGUAAGUUAUGUUAUGAAAGACUAGACAAAUUACAUACAUGAGGGCCAAUUCAGGGUCGGUUUCGAAUCAUUUACAACCCCUGUCUCCAUCUGUUGAAAAGCCAGACCAAUCGACUCAGGGUUUUUGUACCUUUUAUUGAACUGGAUUAUGUUUGGACAUUGCUUUAGUUCUAUGCAUAGACCAUUCCACAAUUUCACACUAUUUUAAUGCACUGUUUUUUUAUAGUGGUGCGAACAGCUCGGACCUUUAAUUUAAACUUAUCCCUUACAUUAUAACCCCCCUCUCUAUCAGAAAAGAACUUCUGAAUAUUACCUGUUAAUAGUCUCAUUUUAGCUUUAUACAUCAUUUGUGCAACUUGAAAUUCAA